ACUCUCUGAGCGUUAACAUCACCGUCACUCCUAAGACGCAGCCAUGGUGUGAGGCUGAAGUGCAGGUGCAUGGGGAGCGCUGUUUUACCUACAACUGCCAGAGCCGCGAGGUCACGGCCAUCUGUGUUCAGGGCAUGAAGGUGGAGGCUGCACUCAAGGAGGACCUGAGAGGAAAUCUGAAAGACCUGGCAGAAAAGUUCAAAGAGAAGCUUCUUGACAUUGAACCCGAGGAUUCCCGAGGCAGCGGGCCCCUCUCUCUGCAGGCCACGAUGGUGAUUCAGGAGGAGGCCAGUGGGCGCAGCCGAGGAUCCUGGCAGCUUGUCAUCAGUGGACGCAUCUCCCUGCGUUUGGACUUGGUGACCGGCCACUGGACGGCGGAGCGUCCUGGAGACAGGUGGAUGCUGGAGAAGUGGGAGGAGGACAGAGACAUGAAUGCCACUCUCUGGAGGAUGUCCCGGGGAGACUGGAGGACAUGGCUGCAGGAGGUUGCAGCGCACUGGGAGACGCCGGGGACCCCAGCACCACUGAGCACGGCCCCAGGCAGGUCUGCAACCACGAGUGUCAUGCAGGGGCCCAGGUUCAACUUUGGAAUCGUCCUCGCCUGCGCCAUCCCGCCUGGCAUCAUAGGCUUUAUAAUAUGGAAGUCCCCUCGGCCGCCGCCGCAGCAGCUGCACCCCCGGGUGGGCUCCCUCGGUCGUUCCAAACGGCCACCAGGUGCACCGACCCGUGAGCCAGGACCCUCGGGACUCCGGAGCAGGCGCGUGUCCGCCAAGCUGCCCUGGGGGAGACGCUCCCCAGUGGGCAGUGCCCCGAGACUCGUGCCGUCCACAGCCUGA